UAUAAACUCAAGGGAGAAUGGCUGCCGAUGCAGUAUUGUACCUGUUAGUGUGAGGAAAGGUUUGGGUGUCUGCUCUUCCCGAAUCAGUUCUCGGGCUGCUUCUUUACGCAAAAUUGAAAAUUUUGCAAACAACCAAGAUCACCGUAAAAUAAAAAGUUUAUUAACGUUGUUCUAUAAGGAGUCAAGAUGAUGAAGUCAGCGAAGUCUAAUAGAACCAUCAAGUCCCUGGCAAGUGGAGGGAUAGCAACCAUCCUCGCCCUGCUGGCCACACUACUUCUGGUCCGUCCUGCUGCUGCCCUGGCCACCGCAGAGGAGAGCUACGGGACUAUGAUGUUUGAAGGAAUGAAGGAGGACCAAACGUGGCUGCAGACCAUGGAUGCCGGUAACGAAGUAGCAAGAUCAAGAGUCCGCCGUUUUGUUCCCUUCCCUCCUUCCAGUACACUCGAGGCUGCCUUCAAGCUGAAGUUGCCGGUGACGGGAACAAUAGGUCUGAACCUAAUAGUACUCGUCACUGCCUUCGUCUUCAAGCUGCCGGAGGAAUACUUUUCAAUAGGCAGGAGCUAUACAAAUUCUGCUGCCGACGAGAGAGCCUUCCUAUAUUCUAACAUGGAAUCCCUUCUUGAUAAUUUUGGGUACAAUGGACGAGCGUGUACCCUCAGGACCCUGUGUGAAAUAGCAGAGUCGCCCUUCGAGCACGACCUGUACGGAGAAGUCAUUAACCUUGUCCUCUCGGCUUCCAAGAGUCCCAGCAAUGAUGUGGAAUACGACGACUACAUGCUGGCUGAGCACUACGGACGCACUUACGGAGAUUGUGGUUCUAUCUACCAUACUUGCCCCACCUCCGUUCUUGAUAUCAUAUCGCAUUCAAUCUAAGAUUUCUGCACGAGACUUUCCCAAUCGUUGAAAAAUAUAUAUACACUUCUUUUUGCGGGACUAUCAUGGCAGGGAUGUAAAUCUAAUUUCCGAGACUAUAAUUUAUACUUCCGGUUAACUUUAACGUAAUGCAUUAGAUUCAUGUCUUUACACCACACUCAAUGCUCACAGUGUUAGUUUAAUUUUUAAGAGUGUUUUUUUUUCUAAGCUUGCAGCAAUAAUUAUUGCUACAUACAUAAUUGUAUAUAUAUUUAAUGUUUAAUUUAUUAUCUUACGGCAUUAAGUGACACUGACAGCUUUUUUCCUUAAACUUGAGCCUUAUUCCCAAUGUCUGCUAAGCAAUGAACCCUUCAACACACUAACAGGACACUUUUAGAACUCUGUCAUCCUAAGAAUGCCAUGCAGCAGCAGUACGCGCAUGUCUCGAAAUAUAUUAAGUGCCAUUGUCAUGUAUUAUGCUAUUUUUUGGUUAUGAUGCUAGUUGCAGUAGUAGUAAUGGUGUUGAUGAUGAUGAUGAUUAUGAUGAUGAUAAUGAUGAUGAUGAUGAUGUUAAUAGUAAUGAUAAUGAAAAGAAGAACAAGAACAAGAAGAAAAAGUACAAGAACAAGAACAAGCCUGUAUAACAACAACAACAACAACAACAAUAUCAUAAGGAACCAUCAUCGACUAGUUUUUUCCUUUCUUUGGUUCUUCAGGGUUCACUUCUGCGACAACGGGUAGCAGUCAUUAAGCUCAAUCUUAGCUAUGAACCUUUAUUAAUGCAAUUGAUGCUGUGGGCUGUAUUUUUCAAUAAUAAACUGUUACAUCAAUGA